ACAGGAUAUUUUCCCGAGGGAGGCGGAGCACUCGAUGACCUGGAGCACAGGAUAUUUUCCCGAGGGAGGCGGACCACCCGACCUCGCGCGGCGGCGGCGGCGCCGCUCCCGCCACAGUUCGGUCCGAGGGAAGACCCCAAUCUACCCCACCGGCGGCGCGGCUGCGAACCUAUAAUGGCCGCAGUCGUGAGCUGGUACGGUCCGCUGAUCGACCUGUCGGCGGCCGCCGGCCACGUCGGUGGAUUCGUACAGCUCCUGGCGUCCGUUCGCCGUGUCCUUCCCCACCAGGAGCAAAAUGCUGCAACCGGAAGGACGUAUCACAGAGUUAUUCUGGAGGUUGGUGAUGACACGAGGUCGAGCUUCUCCGUCUCUCUAUGGUCCAACACUACUAGCUCGACGAUAAUCGCUGGCGAUGUUUUACUGUUGCAGAAUAUUAAGAUAGUAGAGUUUAGAAAUGGCUUGGAGGGAAGGGCUGCUCAGAUGUCUGCAGUCCAAAUUUUGAUGAACUCUAAAGAUUUAGUGCAAUCCGAAGGAAUUGAUGAAUUCAUAAUUAAUUGUAAAGUCGGCAAUGCUACAAGAUCAAAAUUAAGACGAGUGUCAGAGUGGAUCGUACACACCAAACGUACUCAUGCGGAAAAUCAUCAGCAGGUGAUAUCGAAGAAUUGGAAAGAAAGAAUGAAAAAUGAUUCGGCAGACUUCUUUUCCAUCUCAGAACUACUACCUCAGAGCAAACCAUGUAAUUUGAAUAUUUCUGCAUCUAUUAGCAAAAUUGUGUUAAUGGGUUCUCUUGGCCCUGAAACGAAGGGGCAAUUGUCAGUCAUUGAGAAACAUACCUUGAAUGGACAUAAUGAUAUCAUCAGAGAUUUUAUUGCUGCUGGAUGCAAGUUAUGUGGUUUACCUCUAUACCAAAAAAAUCUUCAUGGAGACAGUACUUAUCCAAUUGAUUGCCCAGAUAAUCCAAAGUAUCUCCAUGUUGUUGGCCAGAUAUAUAAACCAUUCAUGAUGUAUGUGCAAGACCAAACUGGACAAGUUCCUGUGCUUGUGAAGAAUAAAGUUGCAGAGGCUCUAUUUUCUAAUAUUAACGCAGAUGAUGUGUCCGAAUGCUACAAGAGCCGGCACUGCAUGCUGGUAGAUACUUGUGAAUCUGGCCAGUCAAGCAUUUCUGGGAUGCUAGAUGGCACUGGCAAGACAGGCACUGCUAAAAGGAAGAGAACCAAAAGAAAGCUUGAUUUUCAUCUUAUCUGGCUCAUUGUUAUGAAAUGCCUGCUGAACCAAGGCAAGAACAGUCCAUUCUGCAUCCAGAUUUCAGUCAACCCCGGGAAAAAUGUUGAGGAUGGACGGUUUGAACUGGUUUCUUUGACAAUGCCAAUACCAUGAGAUGGGAAUUCUUCUUUUACCUCAUAUGUCGAACCAUACUAAUGGUCAUUAUGUGCUUCUAUCUACAAAAAGGGAGCUUUGCUGCUUUGAUGGUUUGCACGGUGACAUGGUUAGGAUGACAGACCAGACCAGUAAUCUUCAGUUUUAGCAUGAUCGUGUCACGCUCGCAUCUUCCGUGCCGUGCUCAGAAGCUGCAGGUGACAAAGCAGGCAGGGAAGGUUCUCCGCUGUGGCCCAACGGGGUUAGUGGUUCGGUGUGCCUGUGGUGUAGUGGCCCUAUGGGGGCUCGGCAGGUGGCUAUCUAUAUGUGUCUGUAACCUGAGACAGGCAUCAAAUGUGUAGACUCUGAAUCUCAUCUACUGUUCCCUGUCUCUCA